AUUAGCACCAUUCUCGUAUCUUCGCCUUAUUCUCUUCCUAGAAUCUAUCAUUUCCCAUUUCGAAAAAUAUUCCUCAAAAAUCAAAACCUAAAUCUUUGUGUUUCCAAAAUUUAAAGACCAACACAUCCCAUAACUCUCGCUAAUCUAGAAAACUGAUCAACCUCUCUAAAGACCAAACCGAGAAAACACACUCUGUCCUUUUUCUCCUCAUACAUCAUCAUCAUACAUGGCUGGGUACAGAGCCGACGACGAGUAUGAUUACCUCUUCAAGCUCGUCUUGAUCGGCGACUCCGGCGUCGGCAAAUCCAACCUCCUCUCCAGGUUCACCAGGAACGAGUUCAAUUUGGAGUCCAAGUCUACUAUUGGGGUUGAGUUUGCCACCAAGACUUUGAGCGUUGAUGGCAAAGUCGUCAAGGCUCAGAUUUGGGACACUGCUGGCCAGGAGAGGUACCGUGCCAUUACAAGUGCCUACUACCGAGGAGCUGUUGGUGCUUUGCUAGUGUAUGAUGUCACUCGGCGUGCAACAUUUGAGAAUGUAGCAAGGUGGUUGAAGGAGCUGAGGGAUCACACGGACCCCAACAUUGUAGUCAUGCUCAUUGGCAACAAAUCAGAUCUUCGUCACCUGGUGGCAGUCUCUAAAGAGGAUGGCAAAUCUUUUGCUGAAAGAGAGUCACUUUACUUCAUGGAAACUUCAGCAUUGGAAGCAACCAAUGUGGAAAAUGCAUUUACUGAAAUCUUGGGUCAAAUAUACCGGGUCGUAAGCAAGAGGGCGGUCGAGGCAGGCGACAAUGGCAGUGCUUCUGCAGUACCUUCCAAAGGACAGACCAUAAAUGUCAAAGAUGAUGGCUCUGUUUUGAAGCGAUUUGGAUGCUGCUCAAACUAGAGUUAGUAUAUUCUCCUGCUGGUGCUUUUUAAUUUUUUUUUUCUAUAUCCUUAUUUUCGAUCUUUCACUUUGUAUAUGAUCACCAGCAUUCUCUCUUUUAGAAUAAGAAACUAGUUUGUCAGGUACAUUGUUUGCAAACAUUGCUUAGUAGGCCAGGUUCUAUCUGUAUACUGAUUACUGAACAUCAGGUGGGUUCUUUUUGUACCCAAACUUAUGGUCCCAGAUGAGAUUUGUCUGCUUAUUAUAUCUCAGCCAUUCACUCCC